AUACUUGCGUUUGCUACUCAAUAAUCCGUCAAGAUGCUCGUUUUUCAUAGAAAUAUAUAGUUAAAUGUUAAUUUAAACAAGAGAAUUUAUAAAAAAGAUACCAAAAUAAGUAAAAUCUUUUUUUUGGGAAUGUUGCUUAAGUGAGAAGAAGAGAACCAAAUUAAUUUGGUCAGGGCAAGGCAAAGGUAUUGGCGCUGCGGGCGCCUUUGCUUCUGCAUUUGUAUUCUAGUGGCGUGUGUGAGUGUGUUGGUGUUGGUGUGUAUGUGUGUGUUGGUGUGUGUAUAUAAUGGACAAGUCAAAAAACAACAACAAGGAAAAUGCAUCAAUUGACUACCCGACUGUCGACAGCGGCGAGGAUGUGGAGAGCAACAAAAGCACACCCUAUUUCACGCCCAUGGAAUUCAUGCAGACUUCCUUUGAGUUUCCUUCACCCACUACAGAUGGUGGCAUUGGCGGGGGAUUGAUGGGAGUGCCCAAAGGAGAAGUUGAUACCGAGGAGUCAUCUGCCCGCUCCUAUACACCUAAACAAUUCACCAUAGCGUAUCCCCCGCCACCCAAUCCCCACCAGUCAACACAAUCUCCCACUUUGAGUCGCAGAUUCAAACGUUUCUCCCUGUAUGACCGUAGGUCUUGUUCGCCCCACAUUACCAGCACCAGUAGUAGUAGUGGUAGCGGUAGCGGCAGUGGCAGUAGCAGCACGGAGGAACGUGGCAAGGAUAAGGAGAACACCAUCCCCAAGGGAAUUCAGGACGAAAACGACCAGGAUAUCAGUUUGUUUCUCUCGAAAAGUGAGCACAACUCACCGACAAUUCUCUUCAAAGAUGAAUCCACGGCCACGUCUGGCUAUUCUCCCAAGCUUCUGACCUCCAUCAACAAUUUAAAUGUGUCCGGAUCCCCAUUGAAUAUUAUUAAUUCGGCUGGCUACAAGAAUGGUAACUUUUUUCGCUUUCCCGAAAUUGAUCAUGUGGUGCAACAGGAAGAGGUGCCUUCGUCCUCGGAGGAUCAGGCUACUUCAGAGGUUGUGCUGGUCAUGCCCCAGCUUCAACUCCAGGAGGGUCGCAAAAAUCGCAAGAACAAGAAUAAUCUAACCAUUCGCAUCACCGACGUACCGAUUAAGCCCUCCACACAUCAAGUGUCGCCUUUAACCAAGCCCAAGACUCCCACCAUUAAAAGCACCAAAGAAAAGGCCCGCUCCUUAGAUUCGGCGGCCAACGAAUCCGAGUUGUCCAUCGUGGUGCACAAUAUAACUGAAUCUCAUGGCAGCUGCGAGGACAUGGAACCAUCUGUCAGCAGUAGCUCGCAUCAUUUGCCGCAACCCCCCGCCUCCGGUCUGCUUUCUACAUCCCUCCACAGUCUGCAGGCCAGUUCCUCGAAUCCUCCCCCCCGACGAUCCAUGCGUCGUAAAUCGCCAGGACUCAGCUUGAAUAACUCGUCGGAUUGGCUAACGUAUCAUCGCAAGCAGAAUCCCUAUCAGGUGGCCACAACGGCACAAAGUUCGUUGGACUCGUCUGAGCUGAGUAGUGACUCGCCCCAGCGGAGUGCGGCGGAGUUAAAAUCGGCAUCCAGUGUGGAUAGCAGCUCCAAAUUUGGUUUGGGAGCCAACUUGGCGCCACGUAGUGCCCACAAGCAUCCGCAUCAGUUGCUACAUGCGUCUAGCACGAAUCUAAAAACUCUGCCCGAAUGCCUGACCCUGGUAGAAUUCUCCUCCUCGAACUUAAACACCAACUCUGCAUCUCCGGCGACUAUUGUCAAGCAAGAAUCUCCAUUUAAACAGAAAUCAAUGGAUUUGCCCAUACCGAAGACCUCGACAGUAUCCAGUUCGUCCAUGAAUCUUCUCCAGCGUCGCGGAUCGAAUCACAGUUUGACCCUUAAUUUGCAUAGCUCAUGCGGCAAUCUGAUGAACAGUGGCCUAAGCAUCUCGAAUUACAGUUUGGGCUCCAUUCUUAACUCCAAGUCUAGUUGCAAUUUGGAGGCCACUCAGCUCCCCGCGGGUCCAAGUCAUCAGCAAUCGCAUCACCAUUUGACCAGCCAGGGCAGUCGUCAGGGUCUGUUUCGGCGGCGUGGAUCGAAUCACAGCAUCACCCUCAAGGGUCAUACUACAACAUCCUGCGGCGAUUUAAACUCCUCCCUGAUGCUGACUGCUGAUAAAUAUCACAGGCUGGGCAUGCGCACCAAUUCGACGGGUUCUGGCUCAGGAUCGGCUUCGGUAUCCAAUGUGCCCACUCCAAAACGAGGUUUACUUGAAAGACGGGGCUCCAAUCAAAGCUUGACCCUCAAUAUGGGCAGCAUACUUGGAGGAGGCGACCUAAACACCACAACCCACCACAACAGCAGCAGCAUGGCCACACAGGAUGUGGUGCACCCUAAGGUGUCUGUGGUGUGCAGUUGCGCCGCCUCCACACAGGCACAACGGAAAUUCUUUAGCACCGAGAACCUCAAUACCAACAAGGUCAAUAAGCAAUUCUUUGGACAGGUCUGCUUUGGCUCUGCAUCAGAUCUGCAGCCCAGUAAUCCUCCAGAGAAUACUACUGCCCUUGAGCCCGCCGUCUGCACUUGUGUCGGCGCUGUGGGCGUACGCAAUAUCAUGACACGCCCACUUUCCCCUCAAACCACAAGCGAGGAAUUUAAAAUCUAUUUGGCCAGCAUACAAAUGCUUCAGAGUGCAUCCAAUCCACUAAACCAAUUGGAUUUGAUCCGCCUGAACUAUGUAUUCGAUCAUAGCUAUCAGGCCAGCAAGCAGCAGCCCCUAGUGCCGCUGAAUGAACGCCUCUCGGACACGCCCACGAGUUGUUAUCCGCCUAGUUCGGAAGAUAGCGAGUUAUUGACGGCAUACCAAGCGGUGGUCAAACGUAUGUCACAGGCCCAACCCAUUUUGCAGCUAGAAGAAGCCGAACAGAAACGCAUCUUUCGCGAAUUGCACAAAGAAUUCUGGGAUCUGCCGCUCAAUCAUCAGGAGAAACCCAUGGUCUUUGGAUCACAAACUAAGAAUCGCUAUAAAACGAUUUUACCCAACGAGCAUUCCCGGGUGAUGCUUGUAAACGAGUCCAGUGAGCUAAAGAGUCUGCAGGGUCAGGAGGAACUAACAAAUACCAACUUAUCCCUUGCUGUCCACGAGGAUGUGCCCCCCUACAUCAAUGCCAAUUAUAUCAAGGGUCCUGACUAUGUCUCAAAAUGCUAUGUGGCUACUCAAGGACCUUUGCCGAAUACCAUCUAUGAGUUUUGGCUAAUGAUUUAUCAAAAUACUCAACGCUAUAUACGCCGCUGCGUGGACGGCGGCAGCAGUAGUAGUCCCCACAUGGACAAGACGCACAUGCUCCAGCAGUACUUUCAAAAAAUCAUUAUGCUCACCAAUUUCACGGAAGCAAAUCGCCAGAAAUGUGCAAUAUACUUUCCCAUUGAAUUAAAUGAAGUAUUCGCGGUGGCCGCCAAGUGUGAAGUCUUUAAGUUAACUGCAUCGGCUCGAGAGUAUUUUGAGCAGCAUUUGCGGAUGUCGGCCAGCAGGGACACACCUGCCAAUGUUGAGCUGGAAGAGGGAAGAGGAGGAGGAGGAGGAGGACUGGAUGUACUCGACAGUAGACAUCACAUUGGCAUUGAGUCGGUUAAGGUGACGCUCGAAGAAGAUUUGGCCAAGACCUUGCCGGCGAAUAGCAGUUUCUUCUUGGUCAAGAAUGUCGGCAUAGUGAGACGGAAUGGCUACUCGGUCCGCAAGUUUGUGCUCAUAUAUUGUAUACAUGUGCCACAUAGUAGAAGCUAUUAUCUGCAGAAGAUUUGCUGUUAUCACUAUUGGUACCCCGAUUGGCCAGAUCAUCAUUCGCCAAAAGAUAUUAACACACUGUUGGAUACAUGUCUCCAUGUUCUCAAUUUGGGAAAAUGCGAGUCAGAGUUCGAUAGCUACGAUGAGAAAUGUACGGCCACACCAAAUGCCCAUUUGGAAGCGCAACGUAUGGAAAUCUAUCAGCAGGAUAUAUUUAAUGCGGUGCAACCUCUGCCAGUUAUCCACUGUUCGGCAGGGAUCGGACGGACCGGGUGUUUCACAGCCAUCUUAAAUGCAGUCAGACAAUUGAGGCAAUCUCUGGCCUAUUCGCUCACCAGCAUGCCCGCAAAGGCAUUAGUUAUUGGUGAUGAUACACACACUCCACCGCAAGCAACUCAAGAUAUUAAUCAUGAGGAUAGCGAUAGUAGCUUCACCUGCAACACCAUACGCUAUAUAAAGCGCAUUGUGCAGGAGGAGCCGGUUACCUUCGACAAGCUAUGUAAGAUGCCGGAAAUCUUUGUCGAUGUGCUGGGCAUUGUGUGCAAUCUGCGGCUGCAGCGAGGUGGCAUGGUCCAGAACUCUGAGCAAUACGAGUUAAUACACCGCGCCAUUUGUCUAUAUUUGAAAAGGACAUUGGCGCUAAGGAGGUUCUAGAACCCACUCUUGAACGCCUCUGCCCCCCAUAAACAAAAGUAGAAAUCAAUCAGAUGAAUUAUUGACGAGAGAGGAGGAGAGAGAGAGAGAGAAAAGUAGAAGAGCAAAACACCAAUU